GAAGCCAUAUACGAGGUGUAAAGCUAGUCUUUUGAAGUUUUGUGAGAAAUAUGAUGUAAAAUGAGUUCAAAUUUUAUAGACAGCGUCCUUGGGAGCAAAUUUUCAGCUGAUCCAGGAUCAGCAGGGUCUUCAGCUUUGGCCGGUUAUGGACAUACACAACACAGAAUGUACCCUUACGUUUCCCUGUCCCCACAGUCCUCGGUGCCAGUAACUGGAAAUUUGUAUUACACUUCUAAUGCCGAUAUUGCCAAAUCAUGUCGUUAUUCGAACACUCAGAACAACCCCAUGGAAUCCGCUGUAGCAGGAUACCCCUUCAAUUUACAAAACUGUGCAGCAGCAGCAGCUGCAGCCGUGGCUGUAUCAGGGGGGGCAGCUGCUUCCACAAUGAUGGCUCCGACUCAAUUCUUCCCGCACCCCGCAAACCCUAACCUCGGCUCACCGUUGUCAUCGUGUUCUCAACUUGGUAUGAGACCUGACCCUAUUCCGGAUAUCCAUCGCUAUCCAUGGAUGUCGUUGGCUGACAUCCAUGGAGAUGGAACUCUGACAAUAAAAGGUCCAAAUGGGUGUCCACGUCGAAGAGGACGUCAAACCUAUACUCGCUUUCAGACGUUGGAACUUGAAAAGGAGUUCCAUUUCAACCACUACCUGACUAGGCGACGAAGAAUAGAGAUUGCCCAUGCCCUAUGUCUUACAGAGCGGCAAAUCAAGAUCUGGUUCCAGAAUCGGAGGAUGAAAUUGAAGAAAGAGAUCCGGGCUGUCAAGGAAAUCAACGAACAGGCGAGGCUGGAGGGAAAAUUAAAACAGCGAGAUGAUUCCCAGAAAUCUGAAGAUGAGCAGCCACAGAAGAAGAAUGAAGAAAAGGAGAAAAAAGAAUCUAAUAAGCCUGAAGCUCUGCUGCCCACUCAGCAGAGCACUACUAGACAGAAGCAGGGUACACAUGUCACAAGCUCUUCCCUCGUAGUUGGAGAUUCGGACUCCGAAUUUCCGAGUCCAUAAUGUUGUACAUUCUACUCAUUUACCAGAUUAGGGAAGAGGAAGUUUUAAAUUCGUUAGAGAUUCUUGUAAAUGCCAUAUGUUCAAUUGUAUAUUUUUGUUAUUAGAAACGCCACAAAGCCUUUGUGCAGAGGUCUUUCUUAGAAUUUUACAACUCAGUUUUGUAGUUUGAUUUAGUUACUGCUGCAUAAUAUUUUAUGCGAGCUUAUCACACUGUUACCGUGAUUGUAAGCAAGACGUCGUUAGAACACAAUUUUUAAAAACGAAAUCAAAUAUUCUAAUUAAAUGAAGAAAUAUAGUAUGAAUGUAUGAGUAUAUGAGAGAGAGUAAAAGAUAUAUGGGCGAGUGUGAUUUAGUGCUUGAAAUACAAAAUACGUACCAUAGGAAAAAGGGUAUUAUUUCUAUUUGAAAUUAUAUUUUACAUAUUAAUCAAUAAUUUACUUUACAAUUAUAGGGUUGAACUAUUUGUUGUAAUAUUGUUUUUAAAACAUUAAUUAUUACAAUUAUUCAACUGAGGUUUACACGUGAUCAAAUGAUUAAAAAUAAACUAACAGAAAAAGAGCUCAUUUGACUAGUGAAACGGGAGAGGCAAGAGAUGAAAUAAAUGUGUUUGAUGAGAGUAAAAUGUUCAGACUAUAAUUUAGUUUUGGAUUAUAAUUAUUGCCUGCAGAAACUCUAGCAAAGUCUGACUUACAGGGACUGUUGACAAAGUGGCAGUGGCAAUAACUUUUCUUAAACAUUGACCAGAUCUAAGGUUACUUCAUCAAGACAUCGUACCCAUGGAUGUACGAUAUAUAUUUGUUCUUAACACGCGUGUUUAUCGUGUUGUUGUAAUCAGUGCAUACAGUCUACACUACCGUAGAUUAGAGAAGUCAAUGAUGUCAUGACAAUUUUCUUUGGCGAGGAGUGUAAUCAAUUUCCACGAGGUGGUUCAACUUUCGAAAAUGAAACAUCUGGGAUGUCGUUUUUCUUAAUCUUUUUUUGUGUUUGUAGAGUUAGAUGUAAACAGUGAUCCUGUAAAAUAAAGGGAUAACUUUGUAUGUAAAGUAGCAACUGCUAUCAUAAGGUAUUUACUGCUUGAUCUCGUGAACAUGGAAGUAAAAUAUAUUGUGACCAUUUGCUGUACAGAUGAAGCCAAUUGUCGAUCUAUAUAAAUAAAAUAUUCUAGAUCUGGUAUACGAUAAAAGGUGUACCAAAUCUUCAAGAAUACCCCAAUAUAGAAAAAAAAAGGGUUUUGUUCAAUGCUUAGAGCUAAAUGAAUUCUAUUUGUAUUGUAUAUAGUAAAAUUCGUAAACGAUAUUAGUGUUUGAGCAAAACCAACAAAUCAGUACCAUGUUCAUUUUCAAAUGCUAACGUUGUAUGUGAUUAUCACAUUUAGUAAAUGUUACUUUUAUCCGUUGUCAACCUGGACUGUAAUUAUAAUCAUAGAACUUGCUGUUUUUGAAGAGUCUUUGGAUAUUGAUUGCUAUCGCUGUUAAUGUCUUUCAUGUUAUUUGCACAACUGUAACUAGCCCUCAUUCGCGUUUCUUUGGUUUUUAUCAUUUACAAAUUUACUUUAUUACAAUAUAUGUGGCAAAUUAAUGUCUAAUCGUAAACAUCUCUAUGUCGCCAACAUUUUUUUUUUCUGAGGCCAACUUUUAAUAGUUGUAUUACAACUGAGGUUUUAAAGAAUUCUUGAGAGAAACCUUUUCGUGAAAUUAUAAAAAUGGGCAUUUUUAACCUAACCACUGUUCAGUUUAACCGCUAAUACAGGGGCAGCUAAACUUUUUGACUUUGCUUUUGUAAACUGCUCAUUGUGUUAGCCUUCCUAGACGUGUAAGUCCAGUCUACAGGUUCGUGAGUUUGGAGGUGUUUGGUGUUAAUAAAAUAA